UCAGAAGCAAAGCUCUCCCCCCCCCGGACGGCAGGUGUUCUGCGGCGCUGGCUCAAAGACCGCAUGCUCGGUUGUGAGAUAAUUUCAAAAUGGAGUUUCUACUCGGAGUUCAAGGAAAAGAUUUUGUGAUGAUUGCAAGCGAUUGUAAUCAAGGACGAAGUAUUGUUCGUAUGAAAGAUGAUUAUGAUAAGAUGUUUAAACUAAGUGAUCAGUUGGUGAUGUUGGUAACUGGAGAAUCAGGUGAUACAGUACAGUUUGCAGAGCACAUGAAGAAGAAAAUUCAACUGUAUAAGAUGAGGAAUGGAUAUGAAUUAUCACCACAUGCAGCAGCUAAUUACAGAAAAGAGCUUGCAGAUUACCUCCGUAGCAUGACUCCGUAUCAAGUAAACUUACUGUUGGCUGGUUAUGACAAGCAUUCAGGACCUGAAUUAUAUUUCAUGGAUUAUUUGGCAUCGCAACAAAAAGUACCAUUUGCUGCUCAUGGUUAUGGGGCAUUUUUCAUCAUGGGAAUUUUAGACAGAUAUUAUAAGAAAGAUAUGUCGAUUGAAGAAGCUCAAAAUGUCAUUAAAAAGUGCAUUGCAGAGAUCCAAAAAAGAUUCCAUAACAUGCCAAGUUUUAUAAUUCGCUACGUUGACGGAGAUGGCAUUCAUGAUCUUGAAAAACCAUCAACUGUUGAUCCAUUGUAAUAGAAAUAUUGAUGCAAACGUUCUUCACCACUCUGACGGAUUUAUGAUAACUGUAGCUGAGAAUAUGUACACACUAUGCUGUUUCCUUUCUAUUUCUGAUUCGAAUUUGUGUUCUUACAAAACAAAAUGGAUAAAAACAAUAAUGUAUGUCUUUAAUGUUGGACUGUGAUGAAGGAUAAGAGUUCAAAUAGUUUAAAACGAUUGAAAACGACACUGUGUGCACAUAUUGCUGAGUAGAGCUACUUCAGUUGCAUGGUUACUGGUUAGCAUAUUUGUAUGACAAAUAAAAUCAAAAGUAUUAGCGUG